UGGCCACUGUGGGAGCUGAUUUUGACCUGAGAACACUGAGAGCGGUGAGAGUGCUGCGGCCGCUCAAGCUGGUCUCUGGCAUUCCCAGUCUCAGGUGGUGUUGAAGUCCAUUAUGAAAGCCAUGGUACCUCUGCUGCAAAUCGGCCUGCUGCUCUUCUUCGCCAUCCUCAUGUUCGCCAUCAUCGGCCUCGACUUCUACAUGGGCAAGUUCCAUCGCACUUGCUUCAGGACAGACACAGGCGAGCAAGCAGCAGAGUUCCCCUGUGGCCUGGAGGCUCCGGCAAGGACCUGCAGCAACGGCACCGCCUGUAAGGAGUACUGGACCGGACCCAACUUUGGCAUCACCAACUUUGACAACAUCCUUUUCGCUGUUCUCACCGUUUUCCAGUGCAUCACCAUGGAGGGAUGGGUGGAAAUCCUCUACAACGCCAACGAUGCCUCAGGGAACACGUGGAACUGGCUGUACUUCAUCCCCCUCAUCAUCAUCGGUUCCUUCUUCAUGCUCAACCUGGUGCUAGGUGUGCUGUCAGGGGAGUUUGCCAAGGAGAGAGAGAGAGUGGAGAAGAGGCAGGAAUUCUUGAAGCUCCGCAGGCAGCAGCAAAUAGAGAGAGAGUUAACCGGGUACCUGGAGUGGAUCUGCAAAGCAGAGGAGGUGAUGCUGGCUGAGGAGGAUAAGAACGCGGAGGAGAAAUCCCUGGAUGGAGCGUGGUACAAAAGGAAACACAACAACUCUGUGCUGAAAAGAGCCAAGAAGAGUAAGAACGACCUCAUCAAUGCAGAAGAAGGAGAGGACCACUUCACUGACAUCUCAUCUGUUGCCCCCCCAGGGUCUCCGUUCGCCAGGGCCAGCGUAAAGAGCAAGAAUGAGAACUCAUCUUACUUCAGGAGAAAAGAGAAGAGGAUUCGCUUUACCAUCCGCCGUCUGGUCAAGUCCCAGAGCUUCUACUGGACUGUGUUGUGUCUGGUCGGCCUCAACACGUUGUGUGUAGCCAUCGUACACUACGACCAGCCUGAGUGGCUCACCUAUGCACUAUACCUGGCUGAGUUUGUGUUCCUGGGCCUGUUUUUGGCAGAGAUGUCAAUGAAAAUGUACGGCCUCGGACCCCAGAACUACUUCCACUCCUCAUUCAACUGUUUUGACUUUGGGGUGAUUAUCGGCAGUAUUUUUGAGGUAAUCUGGGCCGCCAUCAAACCUGGAGCCUCAUUUGGGAUCAGUGUCCUACGGGCUCUGAGACUGCUCAGGAUCUUCAAAGUCACCAAGUACUGGAACUCUUUGAGAAACCUGGUUGUAUCUCUACUCAAUUCCAUGAAGUCCAUCAUCAGCCUGUUGUUCCUCCUCUUCCUCUUCAUUGUGGUCUUCGCUCUGCUGGGCAUGCAGCUGUUUGGUGGACAGUUUAAUUUUGAAGACGAAACGCCGACAACCAACUUUGACACAUUCCCAGCAGCGAUUCUCACUGUCUUCCAGAUCCUGACCGGGGAAGACUGGAACGCAGUCAUGUAUCACGGGAUCGAAUCACAGGGUGGUGUCCAUGGAGGAAUGUUCUCCUCCAUUUAUUUCAUUGUACUCACUCUCUUUGGAAACUACACACUCCUCAACGUCUUCUUGGCCAUUGCUGUCGAUAACCUUGCAAAUGCCCAGGAGCUCACUAAGGAUGAAGAGGAACAAGAGGAGGCCAUCAAUAAGAAACUUGCCCUCCAGAAAGCCAAGGAAGUAAAGGAGGUCAGCCCCAUGUCGGCCGCUAACAUGUCCAUCACAGCUUUUCUAACACGCAGUCGAGGUAACGCGCACUCUAGCAGCUCAUCCAUCUGCAGCGUUAACUCACUUAAGGAGCAGCAGAAGUCUAUGAAGACGAUGUCGGUGUGGGAGCAGAGGGCCAACCAGCUGAGAAGGCAGAACCGCGCAAGCUGCGAGGCCCUAUACAGUGAGCUGGACCCUGAGGAACGUCUGCGCCUAGCCACAGCCCUCCACAUCCGGCCAGACAUGAAGACCCACAGCGACCGUCCACUGGUUGUUGAGCCCGGGGAUGGGCCUUUGCUAGGUGGCCACCAGCACCACCGUCACAAGUCCUGCAUGUCAGAUGAGGCUGAGACUGCGGCCGACCCUCCUCCUCCUCCUCUGCCUCCCCAGCCCCGUCGCCACCACCGCCACAGAACCAGAACCAGGGAGGAGACAAACGAUAAUGGCGAAACCAGUAGGGAAGGCAGGCACCAUGUCCAUCACAGCCGCUCCAAAGAUCACGAUGGCAGCCGGGGCAAAGAGGGGAAGAGUGAGAGGUCCCGCAGCCAAGAGGGAGGCAGGAGGCAUCAGAGCUCAGUGGAUGACAGCGGAGGUGGAGGAGUCACGAGUGAGAGAGAGCAUCGGCAUCAUCAUUCACACCGGCCGUCUCAAGAGGGCAACGGGACAGUGAACAGUGGAGGGAGGGGAGAGCGAAGAUCCCGCCACAAAGAUGGACGUUCAUCUAACAAGGCUGAGGAUAGGAUUUCCAGAGGAGACGGCGGGGCCAGUGGAGAGAGGAGGAGACAUCGGACUCAUGGAUCCAGGGGCCAAUCCACAGCUGAAGGAGAGGAGUCCAAUGAAAGAGUGAAGACUCAUAGUCACAGGUUUGGUGACUCAGAGGGGGAGUCUCUAGCCAUCCCCCCACAGCAGGGCUCUGUGGAGCCUAACUGGACUCUUGACCGACCCGAGGACUCAGACAACCAGAGGAACGUCAGACGAACCGGCCAAAGCUCCAUCCAAAUUCCCCCUGUGACCAUCACAUCCCCACCUGGAGAGACCACACUUAUACAAUUGAACAGUAUCGACUGUGAGACGAUGCCUAUGAACGAGAAGACCUUGGAGGAUCUCGGUCAGAGCGGACCCAAACCAAUCCUGCCUUACAGUUCUAUGUUCAUCUUUGGACAGACCAAUCCGGUGAGGCGGUUAUGUCACUAUAUUGUGACUAUGCGUUAUUUUGAGAUGUCCAUCCUGGUUGUCAUCGCUAUGAGCAGUAUCGCUUUGGCAGCAGAGGAUCCAGUCUGGACGAAUGCUCCUCGCAACAACGUGCUCAAAUAUCUGGACUACGCCUUCACCGGGGUUUUCACUUUUGAAAUGGUGAUUAAGAUGGUGGACCUGGGCCUGCUGCUCCAUCCUGGAUCUUACUUCAGAGACCUGUGGAACAUUCUAGACUUCAUAGUGGUCAGUGGGGCGCUGGUGGCUUUUGCAUUUUCGGGGACCAAAGGCAAAGACAUCAGCACGAUCAAGUCUCUGAGGGUUCUCCGAGUGCUCAGGCCUCUCAAGACUAUCAAACGUCUGCCAAAACUCAAGGCUGUGUUCGACUGUGUGGUCAACUCCUUGAAGAAUGUGCUGAACAUCCUCAUCGUUUACAUCCUCUUCAUGUUCAUCUUUGCCGUCAUCGCUGUUCAGCUCUUCAAGGGAAAAUUCUUCUACUGCACAGACGAGUCCAAGGGCUUGGAGAAGGACUGCAAAGGGCAGUUCCUAGACUAUGACAAAGAGGAGGUGGCUGCUAUGCCCAGAGAGUGGAAGAAAUAUGAGUUCCAUUAUGACAACGUGCUGUGGGCCUUCCUCACCCUCUUCACUGUGUCCACCGGGGAGGGCUGGCCGACAGUCUUGAAGCACUCUGUUGAUGCCACCUUUGAAGACCAGGGUCCCAGUCCAGGCUACCGGAUAGAGAUGUCCAUCUUCUAUGUGGUCUACUUUGUGGUUUUCCCUUUUUUCUUUGUCAACAUCUUCGUCGCUCUGAUCAUCAUCACCUUCCAGGAGCAGGGAGACAAGGCCUUGUCUGAAUGCAGCUUGGAAAAGAAUGAGAGGGCUUGUAUUGACUUUGCCAUCAAUGCCAAACCUCUGACACGCUACAUGCCGGAGAACACCCAGUCCUUCCAGUACAGGAUGUGGAAGUUUGUUGUCUCAGCUCCAUUCGAGUACUCCAUCAUGAUCAUGAUCGCCCUCAACACCGUGGUACUGAUGAUGAAGUUCCAUGGAGCUCCAGAAUUCUAUGAAGCCAUGUUGAAGAACCUCAACAUCGUCUUCACCACUCUCUUCUCUCUGGAGUGUAUCCUCAAGAUCAUUGCUUUUGGUCCACUGAACUACCUAAAGGACGCCUGGAACGUAUUUGACUUUGUGACGGUGUUGGGUAGCAUCACUGACAUCCUGGUCACUGAAAUCAAUACUACGGACAGGCUGCUCAACCUGAGCUUCCUGAGGCUUUUCAGAGCCGCUCGGCUCAUCAAGCUGCUGAGGCAGGGUUACACCAUCCGCAUCCUGCUGUGGACCUUCGUCCAGUCCUUCAAGGCCCUGCCUUAUGUUUGCCUGCUGAUUGCUAUGCUGUUCUUCAUUUAUGCCAUCAUUGGGAUGCAGGUGUUUGGCAACAUCGAUCUGAAUGAGGAUACAGCUAUCAAUCACCACAACAACUUCCGCACUUUCCUCCAGGCUCUCAUGCUGCUGUUCAGGAGUGCGACAGGCGAGGCAUGGCACGAGAUCAUGUUAUCAUGUCUGAGUCAUCGACCCUGUGACGAGCGAUCAGGGACCCAUGGGAAGGAGUGUGGCAGUGAUUUUGCCUACUUCUACUUUGUCUCCUUUAUCUUCCUCUGCUCCUUCCUGAUGCUGAACCUGUUUGUAGCAGUCAUAAUGGAUAACUUUGAGUACCUUACCAGAGACUCCUCCAUCCUGGGGCCUCAUCACCUUGAUGAGUUCAUCCGGGUCUGGGCUGAGUACGACCCCGCUGCGUGUGGCCGUAUCAAGUACCUCGAUAUGUAUCAGAUGCUGCUCCACAUGUCCCCACCCUUAGGUUUGGGAAAGAAAUGCCCGCCGAGAGUCGCCUACAAGCGCCUCGUCAAAAUGAACAUGCCCAUCGCUGAUGACAACACCGUCCACUUCACCUCCACCCUGAUGGCCUUGAUUCGCACCGCCCUGGAGAUCAAACUGGCCUCAGGUAUGGUGGCCCAGCGAUUAUCUGACGCUGAGUUAAAGAAGGAGUUGUCCACAGUGUGGCCAAACCUCUCUCAAAAGACCAUGGACCUGCUAGUGACGCCACAUAAACCCAAUGAACUGACAGUAGGGAAGGUUUAUGCGGCCCUGAUGAUCUUCGAUUACUACAAGCAGACCCGAGCCAGGAGGCUGCAGCAGCAGCAGCAAGAGAGUGCGUCAGGCUCACAGUGCAAGGUUCGGGCUCUGUUUAAGCCAUUGCUGCCUCUGACUCACAUGCAGGAGAAUGACCCGCCUAUGAUGUCAAACAGUGUGGAGCCUCUCAGCGUGCUUCAGCCCCAGCCCGAAUCCCAGGCCAAGCCCCAGCCACAGACCAGACCUAGCUCCAACUCCCUCAACAAUGGAGGCACUCUGCCAGGUCAUGAGCACAACAUUAAGGGAUCAUCUUCCUGGGUGAUGGAGAAACCCAUAGAAGGGUCCCGAGCUAAGGCGAUGCAAAACCUGUCCAGGGGCCCAUCAGAGGACACACCGGACACUGCCGUCAUUCAGCUUUUAAGUUUGAGGUUUAAGUUGUCGAACAUCUGCAGAAGAAUAAUGUUGCUGAGGAAGAAGUACAGAAGAAAAGAGUCGGUAGAGAUGAAGAAGAUGGAGACCAGUGCCAGCAGUACAAUUGCAGUUCCUGGCUCAGGUCUGGAGAACCAGGGCAGGGCUGCCUCUAUGCCUCGACUCAAUGCUGAGCUGCAGCGGAGCCACUCACGCCACUCUCCAGGGAUUCAUCUAGCUUCUGUCCCUGAUGCCAGCCCCAUGAAGCGCUCUGCCUCCACUGUGGCCCCACAGCGCCCCCAGGAGGUCAACCUGAGGGACUACACCCUGGAGAAACCCAGCCAGGACAGACCCCAUCACCACCACCACCACCACCGCUGCCACCACCGCAGAGACAAAGACAGAGACAGAGAUAAAGACAGAGACAGAGAGAAGAGGCAGAGGUCUCUGGAUACACCUCUGGGUGGACAACCUCCCAGCUCUGCUGGUGCACCAGGAGAGGCAGUGCCAGACCCAGUUACCUCCAGAGAGCGAGCCCACGACCGCGGACGCUCCCACGAGAGGAAACACCACCACUCAUCAGUAGACAAGCAGCGCUACUACUCCUGCGACCGCUACUGCAGCCGGGAACACUGCCACACCAAAUCUGCCACCGCCAGCUGUGCCGCCUCCCCCAGCGAGGCGCAGGAAACCAGCAACAAGCAGGGCAGUGGUUGGGUUAAAGGCAGCCCAGUGGCACUGAGCUCCAGUUCUAGCACGCCAAGCCGUGGACGUCGGCAGCUCCCCCAGACCCCCCUCACCCCGCGGCCCGGGGUGGCCUACAAGACUGCCAAUUCCUCCCCCGUGCACUUUGUGUCCAGCCAGGCCUCUCUGAGUCCCGGCCGGCUGAGUCGCGGCCUGUCGGAGCACAAUGCUCUCCGACACAGCGGCUCCCGCCACUUCCCCUGCCCUGUCACUCGUAUCAGCUCGGAGCCCUUCCUUGGCCGGGGCCACGGCGAGGCCCUGGGCAGCCCGUAUAGCAGCCUCCGGGACCAGCUGGACGUCUUCCAAGAUGCUGCGUCACUGUCGCCCAGCCCCCGUACCGGACGCUCAUCUCGGACCGCACUGCCUCGCAUGAUGGGAGCCCUGCUUCCCGCUCCACAGCAGAACCUUGGGGUGCCCAACGGGUACCACUUCAGCUUCGGGGGCAGCACCAGCCCAGGCUCUGGCGUCAGGGCACCCAGGUAUUACCAGGAGGCAGAGGAGGACGAAUGGUGCUAGCAUGGCUUUAAAUCGACCUUUUUAAUGCAUUUUUGAGGAAUUGUGAUGAGUUUUAUCAUCUUCUUUGAAGGCUUCAGUUUACAUUGUCACUGUGUGUGUACUGUAUAAUGCUGUAUUUUAAUCCUAACUGGGAGAGCUAAGGUUAGGGAGAAUAUCUAAACAAGGAUAAAGCUUGAGGUGGAUAAUAUUUGAACGUGAACAAAAAAGUGUCAUCUUUAUCAAAGGGCACGUGGCAUUAUGAAGCAGGAGAGUAGACUUUUUGCCAAUAUCAGAUGUCUUACAGUAGCCAUCCUUUAUUUGCUUUGACUUCAGUGUUUUGUUGAUACCACCAUAUUGACCCUCAAACACCAGUAUAUUAUAAACACAGGCUGUACAUUAAUAUGACAAUACCACCUGUUGAUGGAAGAAAAAGGAAGAUCCAAAGAAAUCUUUGGAUGAUAUAAACUCAAAUGAGUAAUUUCAUGAUAUCUACCUAACCUGCGAUGUCUCAUUCCUCCAGUCCAUAUUCCAUGAAACCAUUCAACAGGAGUGCUGGUGUUUUGUGCUACAUCACUUCAGGGUUUCUGACCCAGUAAAACUGUAAUCACAUUAUAGCAGAAAAAAAAAAAAAAAAGUCCUGUGCUGCACAUACUGCUUUGCUCUGCAAAAGGUUCUUGCGAAGAGUGGCGGGGUGUGUGCAGCUAACUUUUUGGCUCAUAGCAUUUAGCUAAUACUUAAAGCUGCAUCAAUAGAUGUUUGGCCACUUGGGGGCAGUGCAACAAACUGUUAACACAAUACUGACAUAAUAUCACAUUGUAGUUGUAGUUGUUAUGGCAAACCUGCAAGCAAACAGAUGCCUAUUUACACAUCCAGCAGGCGCAGAGCAAGAUUAGCAUUCGUCUUGUUUCUAGCCACUCAACAAAUGGAAGUUCAAUACAUACUCUCCUUUUAGCUCUGUUUUGGUUUCCACCUACUCAUGAGAAAACUAUGUCUCUUUACAGGUACACUGAGUUUAUUAGAGCUAUUUCUUUAAAAAAAAAAAAAAAGUUUCCUGCUGCUGCUGGAAACUUUGAUGCUGAUGAGAGCGAUGACACAGAACAUAUUAAAGUUGUGAAAGAUGCUAAAAUGUUAGAUGCUAACAACAGAGCUGAGCUGAAGUGCAGAGUUGGUGAUAAUUCUGUGUGGGUUCGUCACUACGAGCAACCCCUUUCACUUUAAAAAGUAAAAAUAAUGAUUAGUGCAGCUUUGCUGUUAGUCUUUAAUUAUUUCUAUUUGUAUAAAUAUAUAUCAUGAUCUGCUCUGAUUAGCAAACCAGGUGAAAUUAUUUUGUGAAGACCUCCAGGCUACAUUGAGUAUGUUGCUAACACUAGUUAGCUCACCACAGCUCAAACUGUUUUUCUGUAACAAAGCUGGUAUCUGAAUCUGAAGGCUGAUAUUUAGCCCAGCAGCACUACAUCUGCAGUAAUGGAGGAAGUGCACGCAAACACGUCGACAUGGCUUCAGACAGCACCAAACUCCAGAUGAGUCGUGCAUUCUUCAUCACCUUCCACAUACUUACUACAGCCAACAGCACAUGACAGGCAAUUUCAUUUCCAAGCUGUAAGUAAAGUUAGUUAUUGAAAUUAGUUGAAGGUUUGAAGCGUUUGGGAGUCAGUAUGGCAGUUUCAACACUGCAAGUCAUGGAAACACGACAAAAAGCAGGUCAGUCGUCCAGUGAAACGCUAGUUUGUUGACGUUAUAAAUGUUGGAAAACCUCAAAAAAAAAUAUGACACUGUACAAACAGCUGUGUUGUUCUUUAGUUUAGGACUCUAUCAUUCCAUGAUGAUGCCUAAUCCUUUAUGACAUUCCCUUUGUGUCAGUCGAUUAGAUGAAGCGCUGUCACACAGACAGCGAUCGUGGUUUCGUCUGUUAACCGUUUCUUGCAAAUUUAACUAGAGAAGCAGCUCAUGGUAGUGAAACGUACCAGACUGACUGAUUUGUUUUCUUAAAAGAUAUCCUUGUAGAUGUUCUCUUUUCAUUGUGUGCAUUUUUUUGUAUGACAUAAAAAAAGUGUGUUUUACGUGAACUGCUUACGGUUUGCCAUCGUUUCAGGUCUAAUGUUUCUUACAGACUUCUUUGCGAUGUUUUAAGACAAAGUGCCUAUCCUUUUAGAUAUACUGUAGAAAAAGAUGCAAUGUCAACUGUUUUCUAAUGCAUCCACACUUGAGUAGAUGUUUGGUUCAUUCUGUAUGUAGCUCUGCAGGAAAAUAUGUUGUACAGAAAGCCUUAUCUGCAAGCAGAGAAACAAUACCUACAGUACGCUUAAAAGACAGGAAUGGAAAAAACGGCCUUAUGAAAGUCUUUUUGUUUUUGAUAAACCAUAAAAUCAUGUAAGGAUGGGGGAGCAGAGGCUAUGCGAGCAUUUAACAACUAUGAAAACUGCAUAAAUAUAUCAGUACAGUACAUUAAUGCCAGUAACACAUUGUGCAUGUUUAGAUGAUAUACCUGGUCGGCUACGUGCUAUGAUGACCUGGUUGACUUUCUUUUUUUUGUAUUUUUGGUAAGGAUGUCAGCGUGAGCCUCGUGAGCUCCUGUAUUGCCUUCGAUUUCAUUGUUAGGACUGUGAGUGUGUGUUGGUCAGCUGGAGUCUGAUGGGUGGGGGGGAUUAACAGUGUGCACUUUCUGAUUUAGGGCCCAGAGUAGCAAAGAUAGAUCCAGAUAGACUCUUUAUGGGUAUUUGAGUCAAGUCAGGCCCUGUGUGUGUGUGUGUGUGUGUGUGUGUGUGUGUGUGUGUGUGUGUAGAGUAAAACUAACACUGGUAAGCAUCAGCUGUUGUGGAUGUAUUUUGCAUUUCUGGGUCCAGUUUAUUGUUUUUUUUUCAUACUCAUGGAUAACUGGCAAAAAAUUGAUGUUGUAAUGUCACGCCAAGAUAUUUCCAGCAGCUACUGUACACUGGAGAUUGACAGCAGGAAAUGUUUCAGCAAUCUAACUCAUGCAUAUUAAACAUCAGGCUCUGGUGUUAGAGUGAGGAAGGUUUACUGAGCUGCCAUAUUACACUGUGGUGUUCACACAGGGAGGAAAAUGAUUAUAACUGGCUCACUUCUCCACUAGCAGAAAACAGACUGCAGUGUGAUAGUAUUACUAGCUGUGUCCCAGUUCUGACUACACACUCAUUCUCAGCAGGGUUUAGAGUAUGUAGUGUGGCUAAAUAACAUCAGCAUAAGGCUUCUGUUUCAAAAUCAAAGAAUACAUUUAUCAAUAAGAACCAAGCACUAGCGGAGAGCUAAAUAUUUUUUUGAAUUUACAAUUCUUUGUCAAAAUCAUCAGGGGGAGGCAUGAAGAAACAGAUCUCUCUCUCUCUCUCUCUCUCUCUCUCUCUCUCUCUCUCUCUCUCUCUCUCUCUAGCCCAGGCAAUGCUGGAUUGUUUGAAGACAACACCAAUAUAAAUAUUUAAGGAUUAAAUUAUAUGUCAGCUCAUUUUCUUUUCAUCAACAUGAAAAUAGUGAUGAAGAUAUAUAGUGAGUGGGACAUUUAACAGUGCUCUCUGGUUGACAAACUAUGUAACGCAGACACUGAUGUAUUUGUCUAGUUCUAGUACACGCUGUAGACUUUCAGCAUGUAGGAAGGAAUUGGGACACAGCAACUGUAAUACGUCCACAUACCUACUUGAUUGAAAGCAUGAAGUAAAUGCUUCUUCGUGGGGGAAAGCAGGAAAGAGGUGAAGUAGAAGUAGCUGACGAGGCAGAUGGAGGGAAUGCAGUCCUGCUGUAAACAGAGUUACAGAGUUAUAUAAUGAGACUGCAAUUUUGAAAGUCUGUCCCAAGGUGGCAAAACAACAUCUGGCUGUGUGAGGCAUGAGAGAAUGUGCUUACACUCCAAAUAAAAAUGACACCUCUUCAUCACUCAAACUACUCCCGUAUGCACAGAAUAUCACAGGUUGAUAUCUAACAAUGGUCAGAAGUGGAUUUGACAGCACUGGAAGGUGGAUUUUUUCCUUUAAGUGGCCCUACUGGCCGACAACACCUGCCCGGCUGCCUCACUCAUCUCUGCUUCCAAUCUGAAGGAGGGAAUUCUCCAGCUGUCACGUUUCUAGAAACACAUCUUCACAACAUCUUCUAUCAGAGCUCUGGAGGACUAUCUGUCAAUGCCUGAUGCUAAACUGUACUCCGCUCUGAACCGGACAGCACUGGACACAGUAUGUAGGCUGAUUUACACUCAAUCAAUACUUGUUAUAUGCAACUUGCUUGAUACAAAUGACUGGCAUCAACAUCAGAUUGUCUUUUUGUGAAAUGUCGAUCUCUUGCUGUGUUUUUCUAUCACAGUAAACUACAACACGUGGGAAAAGGUUUGAACCUUUAACAGAAGGUGAGAUUGUCUUUCUGGAGGAUUUGUUGUGAGAGUCUGACCCCUCAGCUUGUAGCAGGGGACAGACAGGGGCCUUGUUUAACCACAGCGACACACACUACAGGAGCCAGACACAAGGCAAGAGACAAGAUGAGAGUAGGGCUAUGCAACAAGACAAACCCAUCUCUCCAUCCGUUCUGUAGCUUUACAUGCUUUUUUCUUUUUCUUCAGAUUCAGGCUUCAGCAUGAUUGUGACCAAAUGUUUUCUAGAAAAUGCUAUGAAAAGAAAAAUGCAAACAAAAAAGACUUCAAAUGCAUAAAGGCACAAAGUGUAAACAAGAAACAGAUAGAAUAUUUAGGAUUACAGCAACUUUAUACAUAUAUUUGCAUGCACAACAUUUACCCACUGUGACAAUGUCAAAUGGAAAUCCCAUGGCACUCAAUGGCAGGAGGUGUUUUCUACUUGUGUCCUGUGAGGUCACAAUAGAAGGGUUUUCAUAAAUCAUAACUUGAACUGUGUCCGACUCAUUUCCUUUUGUCAAAGACAGGAACACAUUCUUCUGCAGAUGCAUUCGUUAUGUUGAAGGUUUUGUCAUACCAUGGCAAAAAAUGAUUUGAAAUAGCUGUACCUUCUUUAACUAUGCGGCCUCUGAAUGAAAGGUACUCGUUUCCAAGUCUGGACCAACUGGCCACCAAACAUUAGAGGCAAGCCAACCUCUUUAUUUCUGCGUACCAUUGGCAGUGUAGAUGUGGCUUAUUCUUGAGAAAAUAAAAAUGUUUGCAUGUUCUAAAGAUGUAUGUGCAUGUAGAAAACUUAGUACUUUUAGAUACCAUGUGUUAUUUUGUUGUUGAUUUUUAAUAUUUGAUAUAAACUGUGGGGUUUGUUGACAAGACAAAUUUAUAUUAAAAACAGUAUUGAACAUUGUUGAUAGUUCCACCCCGUGCAGCAGAGCUGGAACAUUCCUUUAUUUGGGUCUUGGGAUUCAGUGAAAUGUUUGUUUGCCUGAUUUCUGUUUCUUGGCCAGACUUUGAAUUCUGCAGUUGUUUCUACAUUUAACAUUUUGUAUGAAGCAAAGUUCCUUGAAAUAAAAAAGAAUGAAAUGAAA